AUGACAAAAAGGUUCCACUUGCACGGCCACGCUUAUGUCGAUGGCAAGGCUUCCGGCAGACUCUUAGCGAGCAACCUCGAGCUGAGCUUCUGGGGUGGCGUCGAUCCUCAGACGGGGGAGGUAAUAGACCGUCACCAUCCACUGAGUGGGAGAAAUCUUCAAGGGGCUAUCUUGGCCAUCCCCGGGGGCCGAGGAUCCUGCUCUGGAAGCGGGGUCUUACUGGAGCUUCUUAUGAACGACAGAGGGCCCACAGCCAUGGUAUUCCAACGACGGGAGGAUAUCCUGACACUGGGCGUCAUGAUUGCCGAAGAGAUCUUUGGCAAAGCGAUACCAGUCGUGACCCUCGAAGCCACUGACUUCUGUCAACUUCUUGAAUCCGACGGCUGCCAAGUUUGCGUCGAGGGCGGGGACAUCUUCAGUGGCGAGCCUGAUCCCAAUCAGCGACAAUUACUUCAUCCCAAGACCAGUCAUCUCAGUCCUCCGGAUGCGGAAAUCAGACUCUCGGAGCUGGAUCAGCAGUUCCUCGACGGUGUUUACGGCGAAGCCGCUCGGGCAUCAAUGCGCAUCGUCAUACGCAUGGCUACUCUCCUCGGGGCAACGGAGCUCAUGGAUAUCAGCCAGGCACACAUCGACGCGUGCAUCUACACGGGACCGGCAUCCCUCGCCGUGGCCCAGAAGCUUCGGGACUGGGGAGGCCGGGUCAGAGUCCCUACGUCACUCAACUCGAUAUCCGUCGACCAAAGACGCUGGAGAGCCCAGGGCGUCGCCGUCGAGCUCGGCACCCCCGCCUCAAGACUUGCCGAGGCAUUUACGGACAUGGGCGCGACCCCGACUUUCACAUGUGCACCGUACCAACUCGAGACGGCUCCCGGGCUGGGCGAGCAGAUCGCCUGGGCCGAGUCGAACGCGGUCGUCUACGCGAAUAGUGUCCUGGGGGCCAGGACGAUGAAGUACCCCGAUUUCCUCGACACGGCUAUCGCGCUCACGGGCCGGGCACCGAAGGCAGGGCCGCAUGUCGAGACCAACAGGCGGGCGACGCUCGUUGUCCGACUCGUGGAUUUACAGGGAAGAGAUGUGGACGACGACAGUUUCUACCCCUUGAUGGGCUAUCAUGUCGGGACGUUGUCUUCGAGCCAGAUUCCUCUCGUCGUCGGCAUGGAGUCUCUGGCGCCGUCCAAGGAUGACCUCAAGGCCUUUGGCGCCGCGUUUGCCACGGUCUCGAGCGCGCCUAUGUUUCACAUUCAGGGCGUCACGCCCGAGGCUAGCUCAUCGCACGAUGUGACCGGUGCGGAUAGCUCGAUACGUACUGUCGAUAUCAAAUUGGAGGACUUGGCGGGUGCCUGGACGAGCCUGAACUCGGGCUCUCCGGGCCGUCAGCAUGUCGGCCUAGUAUCCCUGGGCAACCCCCAUUUCUCCCUCUCCGAGAUCAGGACGCUCGCUCAGCUCUGCCGGAACCGAACAAAGGCGGAGGGCGUCAGCGUCAUGGUGACCUGCGGGCGGGCGACGCACGGCCUGGCCGAGCAGGCGGGCCUCGUCGGGGAGCUCGAGUCCUUCGGCGUGCAGUUCAUCACCGACACCUGCUGGUGCAUGAUCGGCGAGCCGAUCGUGGGGUCCUCGGUCGCGGCCGUCGUCACCAACUCGGGCAAGUACGCGCACUACGGGCCGGGGCUGACGGGCAAGGACUUCUACUUUGCGAGCCUGGCCGGGUGUGUCGAUGCGGCGUGCGGGAGGCGCCCGGCUGAUCUGGUGCCCGGGUGGCUUGCGCGAUGCAUGCGAUGA